GUGUGCACAUUUUACCAUCACCCAAUAUGUCUUCACCAUUCACCUAUGUUUUCAUUCUACACUUAUUUGUGUUCCUUUCUCAUUCAUUCCCACUGUCCACGUCAUCACGGUGGAUCGUCGACGAAAACACCGGCGACCGCGUAAAACUCGCGUGUGUAAACUGGCCAGGCCACCUUCAUGUUAUGAUUCCUGAGGGUCUAAACAAGAGGCCCAUGAAAGACAUUGUGUCGGAUAUUUCUCACAAAAUGGGGUUUAACUGCGUGCGACUCACGUGGGCUACAUAUAUGUACACUAGAUACUCAAAUCUCACUGUUUCGGAGUCCCUAGACCGAUGGAAUUUAACCGCCACUAAAGAAGGCGUCAGGAAAAACAACCCGGAAGUGUUGGAAAUGAGCAUUGUCGAAGCUCAAAAUGCGGUCGUUAAGGCGAUGGGAAAAGGGAAGAUAAUGGUGGUGCUCGAUAAUCACAUUAGCUUGCCCGAGUGGUGUUGCGGAUACGAUGACGGGAAUGGGUUUUUUGGGGACGAGUAUUUCAACCCUGAUGAGUGGGUUCGGGGUUUGGUGGCAGUAGCUUGCCGGUACAAAGGGAAUCCUUCGGUAGUGGCAAUGAGUAUGCGAAACGAGCUACGUGGGCCACGACAAAACGUGACAACAUGGUACGAGUACAUGCAACAAGGUGGUGCGGCAAUUCAUCACGAGAAUCCAGACAUUCUCGUUAUCUUUUCGGGUUUGUCGUAUGAUACAAACCUCGGAUUCUUGAAAACUCAGCCGCUAACCAUAAGUUUGGAUAACAAGUUAGUGUUUGAGUCACAUUGGUACUCAUUUGGGCAACCAUAUGAUAAAUGGAUUUUUCAAACAAAUGACUAUUGUGCGACCGUGACCAAAUUGUUUAUGGACAAUUCGGGGUUUUUGUUACGGAUGAGUGGAAACGCGGUCCCGCUAUUUUUAAGUGAGUUCGGGUUAGAUCAGAGAGGUGGGAAUGAGAUGGAGAAUCGUUAUUUUGUGUGCUUGUUGGCGACGGUGGCAGAGAUUGAUAUCGAUUGGGCGUUGUGGCAGUUGCCCGGGAGUUAUAUGCUUAGGGAAGGGAAGGUUGAUAUGGAAGAUGUGUAUGGGAUGUACGAUUUUAUGUGGGAGAAGCUAAGAAAUUCUACAAUGGUGGAUCGGUUACGGUUUGUUCAAACUAUGAUUCAAGGUUAUGAUCAUGGACCAAGCAGCCAAGCAUCUUACAUUUUGUACCACCCUUUAAGUGGACAAUGUGUCGGAUCAAGCCACCAUCUCUCCAUGACAAGUUGUCGACACGCGAGUCACUGGAUUCAUGAACAAGAUGGUGGCCCGAUCCAACUAAAGAACACAAAUCACUGCCUAACAACCGUCAAACAAGGCAUGUCACCUAUCAUAUCUCAUCUUGACAACUGCUCGACUCCUGAAAGUUCUUGGAACGUUGUUUCGAGCUCAAAACAUCAUUUGGCCUCUAAAGAUAGCCAACGGAACAAUUUAUGUUUAGAAGUGGAUGCUUCUACUUUAAAGAUUGUGACAAAUAAGUGUUUAUGUCUUGAUGAUGAUUUGAGAGAUGUUAUAAAGUGUGAUGAUAAUCCACAAAGCCAAUGGUUGAAGCUCAUCCCAGUCAGUAGGAUGGAUCAAUGAUUAUCCAGAGUAGAUUUAAUGUUGAUUUUGACAUAUCAUUUUUUUGGUCAAAUUAAGAUCAGAUUGAAGGGGAAAAAUGUUAUAUGUUUAUUACAAAUUUACGGCAAAUGAAGCCCUAUUGUAUCUUU